AUGUCUCCCUCCACUGUUAUGCCACUUGCUCACGCAUUAAUCUCAGAAUUCCUCGAAUCCAAUAAAUAUCACAACACUUUAAGCGAGUUUCGCAAAGAAGCCAAAGAAUUCAUCGAAGACAAUAGCGAGAUACAGCCCAACAGGUCAUUGCUCUCCAUCGUACAAGACUACAUGAAGAGAGAAGCCGAUAACUUGGAUGUGUGCGAGAGGAAAAUUGACGAAGACCUAUAUUCCUCCGAGGAUACCUCCUCAUAUCCCCGAUACAUCUGCGAAACCUUUUCCCAAAUUCACAAUUCAAACAUUCUUACCAUUAGCCUCCACAACGUCGCCUCUUCUUCCUACGUUGAUAAUGAUUAUGAAACCACUUCUACCCCGACAAUAAUCACCGGAUCAGCGGAUAAGACCAUCAAAUUCACUUCUUUGCUCACCGGUGAUACCUUCAACACUCUUGACUUCCACCAAGGUGGAAUUCUUGCGAUCGACUUUCAUCCCAUUCGCUCAAACUUAAUGUUAUCGGCUUCGAUGGAUGGGAGCUGCGCGUUAGUCGACGCUUCCACGAGGGAUAUCAAGCAAGUUUUUAAGGAUCAUCAGAAACCCGUCGUCAGAGCAAAAUUUUCUCUCGACGGGAGCAUGUUUGUGACUGCGAGUUACGAUCAUUCCUUGAACUUUUAA